GCAAAUCCCCCCGCAGAUGUGUCCUGAGCGAGUGACUGCCCACGAACAUGCGAUAUCAUACUGCCAACAGGUCACGGCCCAGUGCACUUUGCUUAAAAUCCAUCUCCUCUCCACACCUAGCACGCUCUUUGGACAUUCAGCCAGAGUCUACUGAAAUUCGAAAGUCCAUUCAUUAAUAUCAAUACCAUCUGUCGUUACAUGACAUGGCGAAAUCAAAGUCCCAGAACCCUCAGGGCAAGGCGCCACAGCGCAAGCCGAAGAAGACGCACUCCAUGUUCACGAAUCUGCACGCCGAUGUGUCACAACGUUUACAGCUCGAUGGGCUCAACUUCACUUUCCACCCGCAGGAUGAUUACCGCAACUGCUCCGAAGAGUACGACACCUUUGUCAUGGGACGUUUCGAGUGUCACAAUGCACAGUGCAGUCAGCAGGGCUGGUCCAGCAAGAAGAUUGCCAUCGUCAUCCGCAUGUACAAUUCUCAACGAUACAACGCCAGAGUCUAUCACCAGCGUUGCCGAUCCUGCAAGCAGCUGAGCCGACCGGAUCUCGAUGUCGAAUCGUACAUCGACCGAGUGAGCUAUCGCCUCAAGAAGUGGUCUGGCAUUGAGAUGGAAGUCCCGGCCUAUACGGGAACACCAGACGAUUUGCCGCAUGAGACGGCACUGUGUGAGGGUUGCAAGGCUGGGAGAUGCAAGAACAAGAGCAUAAGGCUGUACUAGAUAGGUGGUUGAACAAUCAGUCGGCGGGUGCGCUUCAUCCCGAGGCAGGACUGGUUUACCCUGUGUUAUAGAGCGUUCGUGGAAGUGGGAGGGGCGUUUGGGCCUGUCCAGAAAAUGUGAAACUGAAAAUUCUUUCAA